AUGAAUGCAUAUCUCCUCAAUCGGGCCGUCGGGUCCAUUCCGCCAUCCACAUUCCACUCCGCGCAGUCAAUCCGCCUGCUUCACGCCCUUGAACCCGCCCCCGGGAUCCGCUUCUCCAGCACCAACUCCCAGUCCGCGAACGACGAAGGACGCGAUACCAGCCCCGACGAGGUUUUCGCACACAGAGCUGGCGCGAACGUGCUAGCCAUAGACCAUUAUGAAGGCCGCUUCAUGGUCUCUGGUGGUGCCGACCCGUCGAUUCACCUGUGGGAUUUGGAGACGAGAGCCGCCGAGCUGAGUUACACGCACGAGCCCGUUGCCUCUAUCUCCAGGUUCUCCCACGACGACGCGCAUACGCACGCCAUUACAUCUGCCUCCAUAUACCCCUUCGAUCCCACCCCGUCUACAAUCCUCACCACCUCCCACGACGGAACUCUGAAGCUCUCGGCGCUGGAACCGGCAGCAAUCACCCCUGUUCAUACAUUUAAGCUCGACUGUACCCCCUACACCCAUUCAUUGUCCUCGCAUCCCGGUUCUCCUCUACUCGUCGCUGUUGGAACAUCCGAAAAACCGGUUCGAUUGCUCGACCUCCGCUCCGGGUUGUCUACGCAUGGUCUCCCUGGUCACAGCUCAGGUGUCCUCUCCGUGUCCUGGGCUCCCCAUCGUCCACACAUCCUCGCUUCGGCUUCCACCGAUAACCGCGUCAUCCUAUUCGAUAUCCGUCGCGCGGGACACAACGCCGCGAUUGCGACCCUUGACAUGGACGACGCGGUGGGCCUCGUUCCAUCCCAGAACACCCCGGGCUCGUAUCAUAGCCGCCCCGCAUUUUUGCCCCAUGCUCGAGCGCACAAUGGAGCCGUGACGGGGGUGCGAUGGACUUCAGAUGGAACAUACCUGGUAACCGCCGGUCAGGACGCGCGGAUUCGUGUAUGGGAAGCUGCAACGGGUGCCAACACGCUUGUCCAUUUCGGCCCGCGCAUUCAAAACACUUCCUCUGCGCACUUGGCCGAAAGGGCGCCGUUGAUUGUACCCCAUCGCCAUAUGGGUUUCGGCCAUGAAACGCUACUCUGGGCAAAUUACAGCGACUCGGAAGACCGAGGUGAAAUAUUCCUCCUGGGCCUGCGCGAGGGGUCCUUUAUCAAGCGUCUCCGAGUCCCGGGCCUUAUGGCGCGCAGAACUCACGCGCAGGGGCGCUCCAACGCGCUCAGCGCCGCGCGUAUUAACUCAUUGGCAUGGCGAGGGAAUGGUGCGUCUGGCGAGGGCAUCGAGGUCUUUUCAGCGCAUGGCGACGGGACACUGAGGACGUGGGUUUCGCGAGAAUCAGAAGAGGCGCCAACUGAAGCUGAAGAGAUGGAGCAGGCUGACCGCAAGCGUAAACGGGAUGUACUCGAAGAGAUCUACCAGGGCUUCAUGUCAGUCUAG